AUGAGGGUUGAAGACUUUGAGGUGGAGUGGGCCCAGGCCGUAGCCGAUUAUGGCUUGCAGGACGCACUGUGGUGGAACCAAGUGUAUGGGAAAAAAGAGAUGUGGGCAAACGCUUUCCUGUGCGAGAAAUUUUGUGCCGGAUAUCGGACAACAUCACGAUGCGAAGGGAUAAAUUCGGUGUGCAAGAUUUUUCUUGAAUCAAAACACAGCAUGUUGGAGCUUGUUCAGAAUCUAGAACUUCCUGUGCGGGUGUAUAGGAACAAUGAAUUGCUAGCACAGUUCAGGGAGAUUGAGAGUGUAUCUUCGGUUAAUUUCGUUGGGGUGAGGAGGUCGUUGACUACGAAGGUGCACACAGUUGAGGAGUACGGUUAUCCAGGCCGUCAUAUUAUAGUUUUAUGUGAUAAGAAUAUGGGUAAAUUAGAAUGUCAUUGUAAUUUUUGGAAAAUUCAGGGAUUUUCAUGCAAAUAUAUAUUUUUUGUGAUGAAGUAUGAACACAUGUUGACAAUACCUAGUAAUCUUGUGUUGAAGCGUUGGACCAAAGAAGCAAAAUCAUUAGAGGCAUACGUCAAGAAAACAGAUGACGGGGGUAAUAGAGUGUUUUUGCUUCGCCACGGAGCACUUCAUUCGGUGUCACGAUGGUUGUUCUUUUUAGGUGCCCAGCAGGUUGGGUUAUUCGCUGUUGCUUUGGAGGGGAUUCGCCGACUAUGUGCAACCUUGGAAUCAGAGUUGGCUAAAGGUCUCCAAUCUAGGAACUCUAAGGCAUGCGGUGAAGUUCGAGAUCCUAUUGUUGUGCGAACAAAAGGAGCACCAAGGCGUCAUAAGAGGAACGCGUCCAAGAGAAAGUGUUCUAAGUGCAACAAGUCGGGGCAUACUAAGAGGACUUGCAUAGAUGGAAGGCCUCGAAGGGGCAAAAGGGCUCGACUGGAUACAUUGGAUUCGGAUGAAGACGAGGGACAAAGUGAGGAGGUUGCUGAACUCGACAUGACUGGAUCCAAUGAUCAAACAAUCAGGAUAGAAGAAGUGUUCGGAGGUGGGUCUCUUUGCAUGUCCCAGGUUCUGGAACUAUUCCACAACUUGUCUAAACUGGUGUAG